AUGACGACGCGAUUUACGUCACGGGUAAAUGAUGAUUGUCCCAAGUCGACGACGACGAGGACGACGACGACGAAGGCGACGAAGGCGACGAAGGCGACGAAAGCGACGAAGGCGAUGGCGACGAUGAGGAUAAUGAUGAUGAUGAGAAAAGGAAGGACUCGUCCUCUCUUUUGUGAGCACCCGCAGGUAUAUGGGUGCCAGGUCGACGGGUACUGCUGUCGUUUCUGCGAUCUGCCGGUCAUUAUCUUCGCCAAUGACGAGGGUGUUAUCCUUGAAGUAAAAUUUAUCAUUCACGGUACGGCGCAUCUGGAGACGAUCGAACCUUUUCUUCAAGACCCGACGAGAUAUAAUGAAAACGAUAACAUUGAUUUUUUCAAAGUGUCUCUCCCAAUGAUAUCUCAUCUUCUAAAUUGCGUUUACGUAUUCAAACAAUACGGAUAAAUCCAGCAAUAAAAUAACGACUGAUAAUACGCCACAACGAUAUGUUUCUCGGCGAAAAACGAAUCGCCUUGACUUGAAGCAAGUUUAAAGAAAGAAGAAAAAGGGAGAGACAGAAGAGAAGGGAAACAGAGAAGAUACUUUUUUUUAAUAUCCUUUGUGUCACCCUUGUUCAUAAGUCUCUGUAUCACGUGUUGUCGCGCGUUUCUGUACCGUGAGCCAGAACGUAUAUCGACCACCUUGUCUCAAUCAACUAAUUCCGCUGAAUGGCCAAUCGAUUAUCCCCUCGGUCGAGCGUGAAUCCAC